AUGGGGAACAUCGACAUGGGGAGUACAGACAUGGGGAACACCGACAUUGGGAGUACAGAUAUGGGAAACACCGACAUGGGGAAUACAGACAUGGGUAACACCGACAUGGGGAACAUCAACAUUUGGAGUACAGACAUAGGGAACAUCAACAUUUGGAUUACAGACAUGGGGAACACUGACAUUGGGAACAUCUGCAUGAGGAACAUCGACAUUGGGAACAUCUGCAUGAGGAACACCGACAUGGGGAGAACAGACAUGGGGAACACCGAUAUUGGGCGUACAGACAUGAGGAACACCGACAUGGGGAGUACAGACAUGAGGAACACCGACAUGGGGAGUACAGACAUGGGGAACACCGCUAUUGGGAACAUCGGCAUGAGGAACACCGACAUGGUGAGUACAGACAUGAGGAACAUCGACAUGGGGAACAUCGACAUUGGGAGUACAGACAUGGGGAACACCGACAUGGGGAACAUCGACAUUGGGAGUACAGAUAUGGGGAACACCGACAGGGGGAACAUCAACAUUUGGAGUACAGACAUGGGGAACACCGACAUGGGGAACAGCGACAUUGGGAGUACAGACAUGGGGAACAUCGGCAUUGGGAGUACAGAUAUGGGGAAUACAGACAUGGGGAACAUCGGCAUUGGGAGUACAGAUACGGGGAACACCGACAUGGGGAACAUCAACAUUUGGAGUACAGACAUGGGGAACACCGACAUGGGGAACAUCGACAUUGGGAGUACAGACAUGGGGAAUACCGACAUGGGGAGUACAGACAUGGGGAACACCGAGAUGGAGUGA